AUCUCUCCUUUUGCAGUAUCAGAAUUGAAUUCAGAAAAAGAUGGCAACCAUUAAUUUCCAAAAGUCAUUCUCUCUUGUCAUACUAUUUUCUUUAAGUUUCUUCCUUUUGUUAGUGAAUAAUGUUAACUCAACCGAAUCCACUUCCUUUUCCUUCACCAAUUUCAACCAAAACCAAGAAAACCUCAUCCUACAAGAGGAUGCACUUGUUAACUCAAAAGGGAUAUUAGAACUCACAAAAAUAGAACAUGGAAACCCAGUUUCAGACUCUCUUGGUCGUGUCCUAUAUGCUUCACCUAUUCACAUUCACGACAACACCACACUUGCAAGUUUUACCACUUCCUUUUCGUUUGUCAUCAAAGCACCAAACACCUUCAAAGUUGCAGAUGGUCUCGCAUUUUUCCUUGCCCCACCGGAUACUCAGCCACAAAAACCUGGUGGAUACCUAGGACUUUUCAAUGACCGAGGAGCCGAUAAAUCUAACCAAAUUGUUGCUGUUGAAUUCGACACCUUUCGCAAUGAAUGGGAUCCGGAAGAUACACAUAUUGGUAUUGAUGUAAACUCUAUCGAAUCAGUUAAAACUACCCCUUUUGAUUUGGUUUAUGGAGAAAAAGCCAAUGCUGUUAUAACCUAUCAGGCUUCCACAAAAGCUUUGACUGCUUCUUUGGUUUUCCCUUUGAGUCAAACAAGUUAUAUUGUUUCCGCUCGUGUUGAUUUGAGGGACAUUCUUCCUGAAUAUGUCAGGGUUGGUUUCUCAGCUACCACCGGUCUUUCUGAAGGCGUUGUUGAGACUCAUGAUAUUAUUUCUUGGUCGUUUCAGUCCAUUUUGGACAACAACGACAACGACAAUGUGCUUCGUGGUUCUUUGUAAAAAAAAUAAGACCUGCAACAAUGGUUAAAAUGGUUCAUGGUUCCGUGUAAUCUCGAAAAUAAUAAGACCUGCAACAAUGGUUAAAAUGGUUUUUUUACUGUUAAAAUUAUCACUGUAUAAUCCAUCUUGUAAUAAGAGUGAUGUUGAUCGAA